AUGGAAGAGAAACACCCACCUUCAAAACGCAGCAAACCCAUUCUUGACGAUGUCAAUGAAACUGUGCGAUUUGUGAGAGAACAACCACCUGAACAUUGCUUAAUGAAAGUUGAGUGUUUGUCAGUGCUUCAAAAUGCACUCACCCAUCCUGGCAAAGCUGACCACUUAGACUCAACAGAGUUUAACGCGGGAGGAUACACAUGGGUGUUGUCUGUGUAUCCCAAUGGAAAUAAGGAAGAAGAUGGAGACGGUUACCUCUCUCUAUAUGUAAAAAUGGUUGACAAACUCAGCCCUAGCAGCUCUAUUUACGUGGCACUUCGAUUUCUCGUUUAUGAUCAGCUCAGGGACAAUUACUUGACUGUCCUAGAUAUACAAGACAAGCGAUUUCAUGCUUUAAAAAGUAGAUGGGGAAUUUCCAAAUUUCUUCCUCUUGAGUCUUUCAGAGAUGCUGCCAACGGAUUUGUGCUUACUGAUUGUUGUGUUUUUGGCGCUGAGGUUUUUGUUAGAGAUGGGCAGAUCAAAAAAUCUAUUCUAUCUAUUCUAGAGUCGAAAUCUGACCGGAGCUACACUUGGAGAAUUGAUAACUUUUCCGAUUUGAAUAACAAUAAACUAACCUCUCCUGUUUUCAGCUUUGGUGAAUGGUCUUGGAAAUUGCGACUGUUUCCAAGAGGGGAGGGUGAAGAAAAAGGAAAAAACCUCUCGCUGUACCUGGAGCUUGAUAAUCCCGAUAAACUGAGUCAUGGGAGCAAACUGUUCACAGAAUACUGGCUUUGCAUUAAGAAUCAAAACCAAGGAGCAGACCACAAGAAAAAUGCAAGUCGCUGGUUUUCUGCAGUAUCAGUAGGUUGGGGAUAUAGAGCUAUGCUUUCAAUCAGUGAUCUUCACAAUACGUUAAAAGGUUUUUUAGUAGAUGAUACUUUAGUCGUUGAAGUUAGAAUUGAAGUGUUGUUAUUGCUGAAUGAUAUGGAGGACACAGGAGACAGGAGCGGAACUCUUUUAUUCGAACAAACUGUGCGAUUUGUGAGGGAACAGCCACCUGAACAUUGCAUAAUGAAAAUUGACUGUUUCUCGGUGCUUCAAGAUGCAGUCUCCCAAUCUAGAAAAGAUCACUUAGACUCAACAGAGUUCAAAGCUGGAGGAUAUACAUGGGUGUUGUCUGUGUAUCCCAAUGGAAAUGAGGAAGAAGAUGGAGAAGAUCACCUCUCUCUUUAUGUAAAAAUGGUUGACAAACUCAGCCCUGGCAUCUCUGUUAAUGUGGCACUUCGAUUUCUCAUUUAUGAUCAGAUCAGGGAUAAUUACCUGACUGUACUAGACAUACGAGACAAGCGAUUUCAUGCUUUAAAGGCUACAUGGGGAAUUUCCAAAUGUCUUCCUCUUGAGUCUUUCAAAGAUGCUGUUAAUGGAUUUGUACUUAAUGAUUGUUGUGUUCUCGGCGCUGAGGUUUUAUUUAGAGAUGGCCAGAUCAGAACAUCUGCUCUGUCUAUUAUAGAGUCAAAAUCUGAGAGGAGCUACACUUGGAGAAUCGAAAACUUCUCCGAUUUCAGUAAAAAUGAAUUAAACUCUCCUGUAUUCAGCUUUGGUGAAUGGUCUUGUGUUCUGCAAAUUACCAAGUUGUUAAUUGUAUUUAUUUCUCUUGCAGCAAGUAACUGGUUCUCUUCAGGAUCAGUUGAUUGGGGUUUUGAAUCCUUUCUUUCAAUCAGUGAUCUUCACAAUACAUCAAAAGGAUUUCUAGUAAAUGAUACUUUAGUCGUCGAAGUUCGAAUUGACGUGAUGUUAUUGCUGAAUGAAAUGGAGAGCUCUGUAAUCAAAACUAUUGGCUCAUAGAUUUGACGUUAUCAAUAUGCGUAGUUUCUUAGUAUGUGAGGGAAACAAAACUGUGU